UUCAAUGUCAGCUGUCAAAAUUUUUAGUUUUCACCCGAUUAAUCUGGUCCACCCAAACCGUUAAAACGCAUCACUGCAUAUAAAAUUACUGAGCAUCUGAACUUAUUGCUGACUUCCACUGAACGUACUCUACCUUUGAAUUGAAAGCUGGGCACUGUAGAAAACUAUUUUGUUUUAUUUUUCCAUUUAAAAAAGUAAAUAAUGGAUAAAAGCGAAUAUGAAAUCCAACAUUUCAAUUUUUCUGUGGAGCAGUUCUCUCUCGAGAGGCGCCAUUAUUUGACUAAAAUAUUGUCGCUAUCGUUGCAGUCGGUGGUGGAGAAGUUGUCCAUGGGCAACGAUGAAACGAAAGAGUUUUUAAUACAAGAAAAAGAAAUAGUGCAACGCAAAAUGCUGGAAGAUAUGGAAAAGUAUUUGUGUGCUAUUGAAGAAAUAGACAGAAGUAAUUUCACGAUACCGGAAUAUGUUUUAUUGGCAACAGAUUAUGGCCAUACUAAACAGUACACCGAAGAAGACGAAAGUGAAGUGGACAAAAAGAUAGCAUCCAUGAAGCGAGAGUUUUUAGAGAAUUCUGUAAUGAUAGAAUCCAUAAAAGUGGAAAACUCAAAGUAUGAAGAAAUACGACAGCAUGUAGAUGAUGAGGAAAAAAUAAUAGUACAAGUUCAAAAAGUUUUGGACAGAAUGGAUACCCAAUGGGAGAAAGCCAAACAAUUAGUGGAAGAAACUCAAAGUAUGCUGCAUUAGGCGAGGUAUGCAUAGUAGUAAGAUGUGGUGUUUAAACUGCUAAAAUUUAUUCAAAAAUUUGUUUGUUCCAUAUUUUUAUAUAUAUUAUUUGAUUCAUAAAAGAUAA